UGAGCUGUGAUAGGCUUGCUGGGAAUAAAACCUGGACUGUGUGGGAGGUGAGUGACAUUUUGGAGCGAGAUGGCGAGAGGGACGGUCGCCACAUACCUGCAUGGAGUGCUUCUCCUGGCUCUGUGGAAACCGUCGCAGCAAGGAGGUGUAUACAUACCGUCCUCUGGAGGAGCCGGAGCCGGUGCAGGAGCUGGAUUUGGGCCAAGCGGCGCUGGAACUGGAGCAGGAACUGGAACAGGCUUUGGUGGAGGUGGAGCGGGUCUUGGUGCUGGUCUCGGUGGAGGAGGAUAUGGUGGACAAGGACCUGGAGGCAUAGCACCAGGAGGUGUUAGACCAGGUGGAGUUGGACCAGGCGGAGUUGGACCAGGCGGAGUUGGACCAGGCGGAGUUGGACCUGGGAGUUUCAGGCCUGGUACAUUUGGUCCAGCCGGUAGUGGACUGGGAGUAGCUGGUGGAAAACCUCCCAAAACAGGUGCUGGUUAUGGUGGAUUUGGACAGGGAGCUGGAGGUGUAGGAGGAGGACUGGGACCAGGUGGUGUCAGUCCUGGAGGCUUUGGAACUCGUCCUGGUGGAGUCGGUCCUGGUGGAGUUGGACCUGGUGGAGUUGGUCCUGGUGGAGUCGGUCCUGGUGGACUUGGACCUGGUGGAGUUGGUCCUGGUGGAGUCGGUCCUGGUGGAGUUGGACCUGGUGGAGUUGGUCCUGGUGGAGUCGGACCUGGUGGAGUCGGUCCUGGAGGCUUUGGAACUCAUCCUGGUGGAGUUGGUCCUGGUGGAGUCGGUCCUGGUGGACUUGGACCUGGUGGAGUUGGUCCUGGUGGAGUCGGUCCUGGUGGAGUUGGACCUGGUGGAGUUGGUCCUGGUGGAGUCGGACCUGGUGGAGUCGGUCCUGGAGGCUUUGGAACUCAUCCUGGUGGAGUUGGUCCUGGUGGAGUCGGUCCUGGUGGACUUGGACCUGGUGGACUUGGACCUGGUGGAGUUGGACCUGGUGGAGUUGGUCCAGGUGUUUAUGGAGGAUAUGGCGGUGGUUAUGGACCCAAACCCCCCAAAACAGGUGGUGCUGGAACAUCUCUUGGAGGAACGGGUUAUGGGCCUGGAGGAACUGGAUUUAGACCUGGGGGUGCAGGAUUUGGACCUGGGGGUGCAGGAUUUGGGCCUAGUGGUGGAGGAGUUGGACCAGGGGGUGCAGGAUUUGGGCCUGGGGGUGCAGGAUUUGGACCUAGUGGUGCAGGAGUUGGACCUGGGGGUGCAGGAUUUGGGCCUAGUGGUGGAGGAGUUGGACCUGGGGGUGCAGGAUUUGGGCCUGGGGGUGCAGGAUUUGGACCUAGUGGUGCAGGAGUUGGACCUGGGGGUGCAGGAUUUGGGCCUAGUGGUACAGGAGUUGGACCAGGGGGUGCAGGAUUUGGGCCUAGUGGUGGAGGAGUUGGACCUGGGGGUGCAGGAUUUGGGCCUAGUGGUGGAGGAGUUGGACCUGGGGGUGCAGGAGUUGGACCUGGUGGGACAGGAGUUGGACCUGGGGGUGCAGGAUUUGGGCCUAGUGGUACAGGAGUUGGACCAGGGGGUGCAGGAUUUGGGCCUAGUGGUGGAGGAGUUGGACCUGGGGGUGCAGGAUUUGGGCCUAGUGGUGGAGGAGUUGGACCUGGGGGUGCAGGAGUUGGACCUGGUGGGACAGGAGUUGGACCUGGUGGUGCAGGAGUUAGACCUGGUGGGACAGGGGUUGGACCUGGUGGUGCAGGAGUUAGACCUGGUGGAACUCUUCCAGGCGGAGGUCCGAUAUUACCUCAGACUGGUGCAGGAGCUGGGGGAAAAAGUGGUGGUAAAGCAUCGAAACAAGUUCCAGGCAUUGGCGUACCGGGACUUUAUCAGGGUGGAUUUGUUCCAGGUCAAGGUUUUGGAGGCCGAGGGGUUCUCCCUGGAGUAGUCACUGGAUCUGGAGUUGGGCCUCAAACUGGGACUGGAGUACUUGGUCAAGGCGGGGUAGGACAAGGAAGCAAUGGUCGAGGACAAACAUUAUCUGGAGUUUUUCAUGGUUACCCUCUAAUAUCACCAAAAUCAGGGACAGGAAAAUCAAAGAAACCAGGCAAAGCUGCAGCCAAAUAUGGUGGUGCUGGAGCUGGAGGAAGCCAUCUUGGUCAGGCAGGUGCCUUAGGCACUGGAGGACUUCCUGGAGGUGGCAUAGGUGUCGUCCCUGGAGCAGGAAGUGGAGUCAGACCAGGCGGAGUCGGACCAGGCGGAGUUGGACCGGGCGGAGUCGGACCAGGAGGAGUCGGACCAGGCGGAGUCGGACCAGGAGGAGUCGGACCAGGCGGAGUCGGACCAGGAGGAGUCGUUCCAGGUGGAGUUGGACCAGGUUAUGGUCCCGGCUCAGCAAAAGCACGCAAAUAUGGUCCUGGAACUGGAGUUGGUCCCAGCACAGCAGGGGGCGGUCUAGGAGGACAACUAGGAGGCGGACUUGGCCAGGGUACAGGGUUGGGGCCUGGAUCAGGGCUUGGUAUUGGCACAGGAGGUGCUGGGACUGGAUAUGUCCCUGGGGGAAUUGGACCAGGUGGAGUCAGACCAGGUGGUGCUGGGACUGGUUAUGGACCAGGAGGAGUUGGACCUGGUGGUGCUGGGACUGGAUAUGGACCUGGGGGAUAUGAUGCCAGUGCCAAAGCUCGUAAAUAUGGCAUGCUAAGUGGAGCACUUGGAGGGCCAGGAUUAGGACCAACUGGAGUUGGGCCGGGUGGAGUUGGUCCAGGUGGCGCUGGUACAGGAUACGGACCAGGAGGAGUUGGGACUGGUGGAAUUAGACCUGGUGGAGUUGGGCCGGGUGGAGUUGGACCUGGAGGAGUUGGACCUGGUGGUGUUGGUACAGGAUAUGGGCCAGGAGGAGUUGGGGCUGGUGGAAUUGUACCUGGUGGUGCUGGGACUGGAUAUGGACCUGGUGGAGUUGGACCUGGUGGUGCUGGGACUGGAUAUGGACCUGGUGGAGUUGGACCUGGUGGUGCUGGGACUGGAUAUGGACCUGGUGGAGUUGGACCUGGUGGUGCUGGGACUGGAUAUGGACCUGGGGGAGUUGUACCUAGUGGUGCUGGGACUGGAUAUGGACCUGGUGGUGUUGGGACUGGAUAUGGACCUGGGGGAGUGGGACCUGGUGGAGUUGGACCUGGUGGUGCUGGGACUGGAUAUGGACCUGGGGGAGUUGUACCUAGUGGUGCUGGGACUGGAUAUGGACCUGGUGGUGUUGGGACUGGAUAUGGACCUGGGGGAGUGGGACCUGGUGGUGUUGGACCAGGUGGCGCUGGUACAGGAUACGGGCCAGGAGGAGUUGGACCUGGUGGUGCUGGUACUGGAUAUGGACCUGGCAGAAUUGGCACUGGAACAGGAUCUGGGGGAUAUGAUGCCAGUGCCAAAGCUCGUAAAUAUGGCAUGCUAAGUGGAGCACUUGGAGGGCCAGGAUUAGGACCAGCUGGAGUUGGGCCGGGUGGAGUUGGUCCAGGUGGCGCUGGUACAGGAUACGGACCAGGAGGAGUUGGGACUGGUGGAAUUAGACCUGGUGGAGUUGGGCCGGGUGGAGUUGGACCUGGAGGAGUUGGACCUGGUGGUGUUGGUGCAGGUGGUGCUGGUACAGGAUACGGGCCAGGAGGAGUUGGGGCUGGUGGAAUUAGACCUGGUGGAGUUGGGCCGGGUGGAGUUGGACCUGGAGGAGUUGGACCUGGUGGUGUUGGUGCAGGUGGUGCUGGUACAGGAUACGGGCCAGGAGGAGUUGUACCUGGUGGUGCUGGGACUGGAUAUGGACCCGGAGGAGUGGGACCAGGUGGUGUUGGACCAGGUGGUGCUGGGACUGGAUAUGGGCCCGGAGGAGUGGGACCAGAUGGUGUUGGACCAGGUGGUGCUGGGACUGGAUAUGGACCUGGCAGAAUUGGCACUGGAACAGGAUCUGGGGGAUAUGAUGCCAGUGCCAAAGCUCGUAAAUAUGGCAUGCUAAGUGGAGCACUUGGAGGGCCAGGAUUAGGACCAGCUGGAGUUGUACCUGGUGGUGCCGGUACAGGCUAUGGACCCGGUGGCGUUGUCCCUGGUGGAGCUGGUACAGGCUAUGGACCCGGUGGCGUUGUCCCUGGUGGAGCUGGUACAGGCUAUGGACCCGGUGGCGUUGUCCCUGGUGGAGCUGGUACAGGCUAUGGACCUGGUGGCGUUGUCCCUGGUGGAGCUGGUACAGGCUAUGGACCUGGUGGCGUUGUCCCUGGUGGAGCUGGUACAGGCUAUGGACCCAGUGGCGUUGUCCCUGGUGGAGCUGGUACAGGCUAUGGACCUGGUGGCGUUGUCCCUGGUGGAGCUGGUACAGGCUAUGGACCCAGUGGCGUUGUCCCUGGUGGAGCUGGUACAGGCUAUGGACCCGGAGGAUAUGCAGGAGCAAAAGCAAAUAAAUAUGGACUCCCUAGAGGUGUGGGAGGUGCCCUGGGAGCAGGAGGACUUGGGGUUGGAACUGGGCCAGGGUCUGGACUUGGAGUUGGUGGAGGGCUUCCUGGAGGAGGUGGGGUGGCAACUGGUGGUGGGCCUGGAUCAGGACUCGGGACAGGAGGGACACCUGGUUCUGGCAUUGGAACAGGAGGUUUAGCAGGAGGCUUUGGACCAGGCAGUGCCGGAGGAUAUCCUGGUGGUGCAAAGUCUCUCAAAUAUGGACUUCCUGGGGGAGGAGGAUAUCCUGGAUCUGGAUUUGGGGGUCCAGGAACUGGAGCAACUCUUGAUGUUGGCAGAGGAUAUGGACCUGGAAGUGGCUCGGUAGCUGGAACUGGUUAUGUGCCAGGAGGAGGUUAUGGUGUAGGCCCAGGAUCUGGAUAUGGGACAGGUCAUGGGCCAGGAUCUAAACCCUCUAAAUACGGUCAAGUUGGAACAGGUGGUGGCGGAGUGCUUGGAGGGGGAGCCGGAAGAGGUGGCUAUGGACCUGGAUCUGGAGGUCAAGGCCAGACAGGCGUUGUUGUACCUGGGGCAGGAGCAGGAACCGGUGUUGAUGUAAAUGGAACCGUCAGUGGUGCAAGACCAACACCUCAACCUGGUGAAGGACGACCUGGAUCUCCAGAUGGCACAUCAACACCAGCAGGAGAAGGUGAUGGUGGUGCAAGCACUACAUUAGAGGGCUCUGGGAUUCCUGGAGGAGAUGCAGGACAGACUGGUGUAGGUGGAAAACCACUGGGAGGCGAGGGAGAUAGUGCAAAUGGAACCAGUAUCCCCAUCAUUGGAGCAGCACCAGCUGGUGGUUCACCUGUACAAACAGAUGGGGGAACAGAAGUUGGUGGAACAGGACUUCCCCCUGGAGGUCCUGGAGGUGAUCUCUCCGGGGGAGGACUCCAACAAGUCAGUCCUCUCAAACCUCCAGGUGUUCCAAGAGGCGACACACCAGGUGAGGGAGAUGGGGAAGGAGGUCCUGAUGGAGAAAAAGAUGGAAAGCCCAGGAGUCCGAUCGGCGCCGGGGGAACUGGAGACGUUUCUGGAACACAAACAGGAGUGGGAAGAGGCGACAGUCCAGCCACUGGAAGUGAAAUCAGACCAGCAGGAGGAACAGCGAAACCACCUCAAGGUGUUGGACCAGGUGGAGUCGGUGGGGUGGCAGGAGUUGGGAUGGUACCUGGAGCUGGUGGGAUAGCAACAGAAGUCGUAAAACCUGGAAAAAGCUACGGUGCAGGUGGAGUUUUACCAGGUGGAGGUCCACGGUACCCUGGUGCUGGUGGCUAUGGUACUGGUACAGGAGGUUUUGGUGUAGGUCCAGGUGGAUAUGGUACUGGGUCUGGUGGAUUUGGGAGACCCAUUGGCGGUUCUGGCAGUGUUGGGACUCCUGGGGUUGGAACGGGCCCUGGAGGUGUAGCACCAGGCUCAGGUAGCGUCAGCGUUGGGCUGGGUGGAUAUGGUGGUGGCAUCGGACCUGAUGGUUCUAGAUAUGGCACCGGUUCCGGACCUGGGAAACCCCCAAAAAGUUAUGGAGCUGGAGCUGGCCUUGGCAGCUAUGGAACUGGAUCAGGGGGAGUUGGUCCAGGUGGCUUGGUGCCUGGUGGUGGUUACGGACCCAGCGGUACUGGUCAAGCCGGACUUGGUCCUGGUUCUGCUGGCACAGGACUGGGAGGUGUUGGAACUAGACCAGGUACCUUUGGUGGUGUUGGUUCUGGUGGAGUAGGGCCUAUUCCUGGAGUUUAUACUGGAGGUCAAGGACUGGGAGCAAGAAAACCGUCAAAAACAGGCUACGGAACAUCACUUGGUGGAGCUGGAUAUGGACAAGGUGCAGCAGGAGGAGUCGCACCUGGUGGAGCUGGAACUGGACCUGGCAGAUAUGGACCUGGUUCUUUUGGGACUGGAGGAGUCGCACCUGGUGGAGCUGGGACUGGACCUGGCAGAUAUGGACCUGGUUCUUUUGGGACUGGAGGAGUCGCACCUGGUGGAGCUGGGACUGGAACUGGAGGCUUUGGACCAGCUGGUGCUGGAACUGGAGGCUUUGGACCAGCUGGUGCUGGAACUGGAGGCUUUGGACCAGCUGGUGCUGGAACUGGAGGCUUUGGACCAGCUGGUGCUGGAACUGGAGGCUUUGGACCUGCUGGUGCUGGAACUGGAGGCUUUGGACCUGCUGGGGUUGGGAUUGCAACUGGUUUUGGACCUGCUGGUCAAGGACUAGGAAAAAGGAAACCUAAAUCUGGUUAUGGAGGAACUGGUUAUGGUCCAGGAGGUUCAGGAGGAGCCGGUCUUGGUGGAACUGGAGCUAGACCUGGAGGAUACAGCCCAGGUGGCACUGGGGGUGCUGGAUCCACUGGUUUUGGUUCUGGAGGAACUGGAGGAGGCAGCUUUGGUACUGGAGGAACUGGAGGAGGCAGCUUUGGUCCUGCAGGAACUGGAGGAACUGGAGGGACUGGAGGAGGCAGCUUUGCUCCUGCAGGAACUGGAGGGACUGGAAGAGGCAGCUUUGCUCCUGCAGGAACUGGAGGGACUGGAGGAGGAAGCUUUGGACCUGGUGGCCAAGCACUUGGAUCAAGAAAGUCUGGAUAUGGUUCAACUUUGGGUGCAACUGGAUAUGGACAAGGAGUUGGAAGCCGUCCAGGUCCAGGAACAGGAGGAUAUGUAGGAGGGGGACCAGGUACUGCAGCUGGAGGUGCAGGAGGUACUGGAGGAGGUCAAACAGUUGGAGGAGUAGGCGGUCUACCAGGAGGGGGAGCUGUGCCUGGAUAUGGCGGAGUGGCAGGAGGAGGCUAUCCAGGAUAUGCAGGGACCGGACAAAAAUCCAAAGCACAGAAGGCAGCCAAAUAUGCAGCCAUGCAGGGGUUCCUUGGAACUGGAGGCUACAGAGCUGGAGGCUGUCAGGGAAACUACUGUGGCCGAAGGAGGAAGUGAGAGACCGACCGACAGGAAGUGACCUCAUUGACACAACAGUGGUGCUAUAGCAUGAUUACAGCUUGUGAAUGUCUUAGCUGAUUUAGAAACUAAGGCCUUAACACGUUCGAAAAGCUACAUUUCUAUACAUGUUUCUGAAUAUUUCUUAAAAUCAGCCUUCUGUUGUAGACUAGUUUAAUUUAACAAUGUAUUUACAUUAGUUUUCUACAAGAAAAGAACAAAAAUUGGAGAAAACAAUUUAUUAUAAAGUCUGUCUAGGCUGAGAAUCCAAAACAACGAGUCACAUUUUAUGGCCAAGCUGUUAAAUAUAAUGUUUUGUUCUGCUGUGUUAGAUAUGAACUGCAAUAUUGUUUAUUAUGAUUUUUUUGGGCAGAUCCUUCAGCUCUGUCUGCAUGCUGACGCACUGUUAAGAUACUAUUCAAUAAAAUUGCCUUAAUACACUAACACUGAAUUUAUCUUUAGUUUCACAGUUGUCAAAGUCAUUUUUAACCCAAACAUUUUAGACGGAUCUAUAAGCUUUCAGUAGAUAAAAUACAGAUAUUUUUGUUUUUGUGGAAGGAAGAACAACAGCUUUAAUGUUCUUCCUAUAAUCCUUGAACAGAUUUUGUUCGUGUCACUGUAUUCACACCUCAGGACCUGCAGAUUUUAACAUUUCUUACAAAGUAACAAAGAAUUUUUAAUGUAAAAUUCUAGUUAAUGUGUUUGUAUUUAUGCAGUAAGGAUGUUGUAUUGUUACAGAAAGUAACAAUGUGACUUUCUGUCAGAUUUUUUAUGUGACAUUGAUAAAAUCUAACCAAAUAUGAAUUAUGAGAAAAAAGGACAACAACUUUUAACUACUUUUCAUUCUUGUCUUGUAACACUGUUGAAAAAAAAUGAGCUCACACUUACUAGUAUUUUUAAAUUAUGCAAAUAAAUGUAUUUGGACACUUCUUUUAUUUGCCUACAUCUUGUAAGUGGGCGUUUUGAAACAUGUCUAACACCUUCAUAAAUAGAUUGUGUGUUUUCUACAUUGUCCCUAGGAAUCUAGAUAUUUUAAAAUCUUAAUGUAAAUGAGCUUGUCUUUCUAUCCUGUAGCUCUACAUGUGUUUAACAUUUGUUUUGUUUGUUUUGCCUAUGAAGAAAAUUAUGAGGUUUUGUACAUUGUUUCCUGAAGUAAAGAGAAGAACAAUAAAAUCUGGUUCUAAUA